CAAAUUAGUCAGGUAACACUACUACAACCGUUUGCUGUUGCUUAGCAACAUAGAUAAUCAAGUAAUUUCAAACAUAAACUUUGUCAGAAACUUGUUUUAUAAAGAUGAUUGCUGUAAAUAGGUAAACUUGAUAUGAAACCUGGACAAAGCUCGAAGUUACAUAAAUGCAAAUAAAAUAAAUAAAUGUAAUUAGACUUAUCAAAAACAAGACCCAUCAUAAUGACUACUCCAAAGCUAUUGUAUAGCCUUGACCAACCUCAUGGUAUGGGUGAGUUAUAUUUCUUAUGGCAAAAGGGUGAAUCUCGCUCUCUCUUAGCAACAACCGGCACUGAUGCAACAGUAGCAAUACAUGAUCGUUCGGGACAAUUGGUAGAAAGGAUUAAGUUACAAGGUCUAUGUGCGGCCAUGCAAUGGGAUAAUGAUGGGGACUAUUUAGCGGUGAUAACACCCAACAGUUCUACAGUGUUACUGUGGGAGUGUCAUACAAACAAGCGACUGAACAUAGAAACAGGUCUACGCGAGUCACCGUCUUGCCUCGCUUGGGCAUUUGGAGAGCCUCUCUUAGCUGUUGGUACACAAAAAGGAAAUUUAGCUUUGUACAACCAUCAUACCACUAAGAGAAUCCCAAUUAUAGGUAAACAUACAAAGAAAAUAACCAGUGCUGCUUGGAAUAGAGAUAGUAUUUUGAUACUUGCUUCAGAAGACAAAAGUCUGUCUAUAAACAAUUCAGAUGGGGAUACACUUAGAAUAAUCACCCUCAGGGAUGUACCAAAUGAUUUACAGUUCUCGGAGAUGAAGACUGAUGAGAGGGUAGCGGGGGAGAAUACAAUCAGUCUUGUGGUAGGGAAGCGAACACUAUAUUUGUAUAAUUUACUGAACCCAGAAAACCCAAUAGAAUUAGCAUUCCAACAACGCUAUGGCUCCAUUGUCUCCUACAAAUGGUACGGAGAUGGGUACAUACUGAUUGGGUUCAGCGCUGGUUAUAUUAUAGCUAUCUCCACACAUCUGAAAGAGGUUGGUGAGGAACUCUUCCAGGUUAAGAAUCAUAAAGACAAUCUCACUGAUAUCGCUGUGUUUGGAGACCAAGCAGCAUCUUGUGGUGAUGGCCAAUUAAAGUUGAUAUCAUUGUGGAAUAACGGGGAGGUGUCGUGCACGGUGGCGGUGGUCGGGGGGGCGGAGCGCUGCGCGUUCAGCGCGGGGACCGGCGGCACUGACCAGGAGGAGAGCGAAGGCAUCGGUAUAGCUAUAGACGCGGCCGCCGCCAGCGAUGACGAGAGAUUAACUAGAAGAUUGAUAGAGUUUUUACUGGGAGAGACGGACGGUACGCCGCGAGACCCGCGACAUUUGUUCCGACUGUACAUGGCUAAAAAACAGUUCACCGAAGCUGCUAAGACUGCGGUGAUAAUAUCUAGCGCGGAGUGCCUUGCGGGGCGGUACCGCGAGGCGCGCGCGGUGUCGCGCGGCGUGUGCGCGGCGCUGCGCGCGCGCGGGGCCGCCGUGCCGCGCGACCUGCGCACCGCGCUCGCCGUCCUGCACACCUACAUACUGGUCCGUACACACGUGAAGCGCGGCCGGCACGAGCUGGCGGCGCGGCUGCUGCUCCGCACAGCCAACGACGUCGCGUUCUUCCCUACACACCAACAUCAAGUGUCAAUUCUAACAUCGACUGUGAUCGAGUGCAGCCGCGCGGGGCUGAAGCACCAGGCGCACCACUGGGCGCGCGUCCUCAUGCAGCCCGAGUACCGCUCACAGGUUUAUAUAGUGAAAGGCGACCUGACCGCGUGCCCGGAGUGCGAUUUCCCAGCUAUAUAUUCCGAAUUUGUUGAACUGCUACAAGAAGAGGGUAAAUGUCCGAUGUGUGGGGAAAAUGUCGACUACAGGCGACUUGUGAAGAUAGACGAUGUGUCUUUGUAUCUCGAUACAAAAGAACAAUCUUAAAACUCCUCUGCCACUGACAUAUGUCUCUAUUUUGUCAGUAAUAAUGAGAGAGAGGGAAAUAUCAAUUCCUAAUUUGCAAUAGUUAAACCUGUAAAGGUUAUAAUACCGUCCAUUAGUUAAGAAUGUUGCAGUGUAACUGUUCAAGUAGAAGAAUUGAAAUUAGCUAUAAUUUAUACGAAUAAAUAAAAAUAGUUCUUAUUGA